AUGGAGCACGAAUGCAUUCUGUGUUGCCGUGUAAAGGCAGAUCCGGACAUGUGCGGGCCAAAACUGAGAUAUCAGGGGAUCUAUGCUCAUCACCUUUGCCUGCUUUUUGCCAGUGACCUUCGUCCACAAGGGACCGAGCAGGAAGAAGUGAUGGAAUUUCUUCCUGAAGAGGUUGAUCGUACAGCCAAGCUGGCAGCCCGGAUGGUCUGCUUUGUGUGUGGCAAGAGGGGGGCCACCAUCACCUGCCAGGAGACGGGCUGCGACCGCAGGUUCCAUCUCCCCUGUGCCGUGGAGGGUGAAUGCGUCACCCGUUACCUCCUGCCGUACAGUUCCUUCUGCUGGGAGCACCGCCCACAGCAGCAAGAGCUGGCGGCUCCAGAGGACGCCAACUGCCUCAUCUGCAAGGACCCUGUGGAAGGCAGAACCACCUAUGGGACCAUGGUGUGCCCAGCAUGCAAACACGCCUGGUUCCACAGGGCCUGCAUCCAGGGACAGGCUAUGAAUGCUGGCGCUUUUUCCUUGGUGUGCCCUCUGUGCCAAAACAGGAGACUGUUUCUAACAGAAAUGCUCUCCAUGGGGAUCCGACUCCCCGUAAGAAAAGCGUCAUGGGAAGACAACGAUGCAUCCACAGAACGGCAGCAGAGGCACGCGAGCUGCGAUGCCAGGGAGUGCCUUUGUCCAGGAGGCAGGCGGGUGGCUGAGCAAAAUGGGCCCUGGCAGCUGUUCCUGUGCCGCUCCUGCGCUGCUGUGGGCACUCACAGACGCUGCUCGAACCUGACAAACAGCUAUGAGGGCAGAUGGCAGUGUGAGAGCUGUGCUGGCCUGGGCACCUCCAAGUGUCAAAGCACCCGGGUGGCCCUGGGCUGGGGCCAGGGGUCAGGCAAGGCCCAGCAGAGGGUGCCUGGUGUGAGCUUGGCACAGCCUGUCUGCUCCAGGAGGACUGGGGCACGGCUCAGGACCCUGCCCCGGUCCUGGAAGACAAUCCCUAAAAGCACUGCCAGCCCAGCAGCACCGGGCCAGUCUCCUGAACCUCAGACACAGGAGACCAGCAGCCCCAGCAGCAGCAGACAGAUGCCAUCGGCACCAUUCCCCAGUUGCCCAGUGUCUGAGGGCUGCAGCUGCUCCAGCCAGCCUGGGCCUGACCGACGGCAACACCAAACCCGGGGCACCCGUCAGACCCAGGCACCCUACACAUGGCCUAGAAGACUGCAGGAGAGAAGCCGACCGCCAGCAACACGCGCUGCGAGCAAUACCAGCAGCCAGGCGGUGCCAAGGCUGUCCCAAUGCUCCCCACCACGUGAGACCCGCAGCCGCAGCACCACCAGGCAGCAGCCAUCGGCGGCAUCCCAUGGCUCUGCACCACUGCAAGGAAGCAGGAGCAACAGAGCCGGUGGGCCCAUGCGGGUGCGAGACCGCUCCCGCUUGCAGCGUCGGGCCCAAGCUCCCUAUGCACGGCCCAGAAGACGCUCCCAGGGCAGCCACACACCAGCAGCUCGAGCUGGGAGGAGCCCCCGCAGACUGGCUGCGCCCAGGCGGUCCCAGGGCUCACGCGAACGUGCGAGCCACAGCCACAGCACAACAAGACAGCGGCCAUCAGCGUCAUCCCGUGGCUCCAGAACACGUCAAAGAGACAGCGCCUCAGGAUCCACGGGGCCCGUGCAGGUGUGA